UUUUUCUUCUUUUCUUUUUGUUGUUGUACUUCUCUUUUUUUUUUUUAUCUCAUCUUCAUUUUUACUUAUACUAGUUAAACAACAUGUCAGGAAUUUAUACUUCCUUUCUUGUUCUUGGUUUAUUAAUCUCGGGUGUCUCUAUACCACUUAUUCUCAGUUAUCAAGAUCAUCAUAUUAUAGAUGAUCAAAAUCAUUUGUUUACUCAACCACUUCUUCAAACAGUGAUGAUCUUUAUUGGUGAAAUCAUGUGUAUUUUUGGUAUUCAAGUUAUAAGUAAAGCUUCUUCUUGGUUGGAUCGAUCUCUUUUGGAUUCAGUACAAGGAAAUAGACAACAAGAAGAAAAUGGAAAUGAAUGGAUGAUAAAUCGUACUUCUUGGUUUUGGUCUGGUAUCUGGUUUAUUAUUCCUAGUGCAUGCGAUCUUAUUUCAACCACAAUGCUCAAUCUUGGUUUGAUUUAUAGUACACCUUCCAUCUUUCAAAUGAUGCGUAGUAGUAUUGUUGGUUUUUCAGCUGUCUUUAGUUUCUUAUUCUUAUCACGUCGUUUUUUGGGUCAUGAAUGGGUUUCUGUUAUCACUAUUUUGGGUGGAAUUGUUAUCAUAACUUACUACGCUGCCGUUUCAUCCUCUACUGGCGGUGCAGCUCCAGAACAAGGUACUUUAGGUGAUAAUACUCACCCUUGGUUUGGUCCUUUGUUACUUCUCUUCUCUCAAGUCUUUGUAGCUUGUCAAUUCAUUUUGGAAGAAUAUUUGAUGGAUCGGUAUCAAAUGGAUCCUGUUCGUGCUAUGGGAAUUGAAGGUGCCUUUGGUACUGUGCUCUUGGGUAUUACUGUGAUUGUGGCUGCAUUAACACCUUCCGCUGCUGACUCUGUUUUCGACAUCAAAACUGGAAUGGCACAACUUAUUCAUUCGUACGAUUUAUGGCAAUCUGCUAUCGUCUUGGCUAUCAUGGUCGCUAUUUUCAACUUUUUCGGUUUGGCUGUUAGUACUACCGUUGGUAUUCCUGGAAGAAGUGUAUUGGAUGCUAUCAGAACCACAUUGAUUUGGGUGAUUGCUACUCAUUAUGGUUAUGAUACUUUCUCUUGGCUUCAAUUCAUUGGAUUUGUGAUUUUGAUUGUGGGUGUAUUUAUCUUCAAUGGUGUCUUUUUCUCAAUCACUACUGCUGUGCGUCAACGUUUCUUCCGUCAAGAACCUAAUGGUGAACGUGCUCCUCUUUUGUCGUGAUGGUCGUUCUCCUUACUCUUAUAUUAUAUAUAUAUAUAUAUCCACACACACAUAUACACACGCUAUUAUUACUACCAGUUUAGUAUAUCCUAUUUUUAUUCGUAUUUUUAUUAUCUAUCUUUUCUUUUGGCUUAUUUAUAUAUAUAUAUUAUAUCUAUCUUAUCAUAUCAAUCUUGUUUUACAUAGUUUUUUCUUUUCCUUUUUUUUAAAAAAAGACAAUAAAAUAAAAAAGUAUAAACAAUGAUGAGAAUCAA